CUGAGAUGUCUAAGAAGAAGGGAAAGAAAGACGAAUUAGCCCUCUCCCCACCGGAGGAUGAUUUCAGGAGCUACCUCAACAAAGGCUGUGUCAUUGAAGAUCUCUCUGAGAGAUUGAAGGAGCUCACAGAGGUGAAUAAUAAGAAACGGAAGGAAUUUGCUGAGCUAACCCAGACUCUUGAUACUGAAAGAGACACCCUAAAAUCUCUCACCCAAUACCUCCAAAAUGAACUUGAUAAGCUGGAAAGAGGAUGUGAGGAUAAAAAUGCUGAGAAAAUGAGAAUCAAGGAUGAUAUACAGCGUAUUCAGAAAGAAUAUCAAGAGAAAUUGGAUGAAUUAAGAGCUGAGAAGGAAGAAAUCAUUAUAAAAGGCAAUCAAGCUAUCAAUACUAAAGAGUCUAAUCUCGACCAGAAAGAAGGAAUCUUUGCAGAGAAGAAAAAGCUUGAACAACAGAUUAUUGAUCUUGAAAACUCUCUUGCAGAUCAGACCAAGAGAAGAAUUACUGAGGUGAGUGACAAAGAGAGAGAGAAAAUCAGCGCUACUGCAAAUUUAAAAGACAAUAUGAAAGAAAAGAUUGAUGAGACUAAGGCAAAUCUGAAAGCUCUGAACGAUGAACAACUUCAGACUACUACAAGGCUGACUAUUUUACAAAACCACCAAUUGACAACAGAACUGGAGUAUCAAUCAAAACAGACCGAGAAGUUGUUGAAUAAGAACAAUAAAAUGCAAGAUCAGAUAAGCAGUCUGAAGAGAGAUAUUGAGCUACAUAAGGAGAUCGAGAGUGAGCUAGCUAAGAAAUUCCACAGAUCACAGAAAAAGAUUAAAAAGCUCAAUGAAGAAGUCAAAGUAUUUGAUGACCAGCUGUCAGAUAUGAAGACUAAAGAUGAGAAUGAGAAGAAAGAUAAAAUUGAUAAUGCCAAGAAUAGUGAGGAUUUAGUCAACGUGAUGGAACAUAAGUUAGAAGAAAUUGAGUCUCAACUCACUUCAACUACAUCUAACUUUGAAGGGCUACAGAUUGAAUACAACAACUUACAGGAUAAGCUCAGUGAGUCUAAAGAUAAGUACAAGAGAGCUGCCUUGAUAUGUACUGAUUUCUUAGAAGACAUGUUAAAUUCUAAUCCAAAUAUUUUGAAUGAUCAGAGUAUAAACUUUAAUUUGGAGCUGUUAAAGACUACACCAUUGGAGAAACUUCCAAAAGAGGAGAAAUCAAAGCUCGUUGAGGAUCUUCUAAGGCAAAUUCAGCCUUAUCUCAGUACUAACAAUCUAUCUGUAGAUCCUCCUGAGAGUAUGAAAAUGUACGGGAUGAAAGGAAAGCAUUCCAAAGGAUCAUUCUUCUAA